AUGUUCCAUCACUUGUUGAGAUCAUUAUUCUGUCUAGUCGUCUUUGGUUGUUUUUUCGUUGUAAUUCAAGCUACUUUAGAGGCUAUCUCCACCAAUUCGUCGACUGAAUGCUGCAACACUUGCAUUGGCAAGACGUCGUCUGUUCCGUACAAUUACGACCCUCUUAUCUUUAAAGAUUGUUCCAAGGUAACAGGAGGUAUCUGUUGUUUCGAGUGUGGCAACCUUGGGGAUCCAGUCUUUGGAGAUAGCGUCUCGUUCGGAAAUGAUGGUGUGAUGGCCGUCGUAAAAGCUGGAUCGUACAUUUCAAUUACAUGGAGUGAUGUCGAGAACAUCACGUACGUACAGCUCAAAGCUGGACAGAAGAAAACAACAACGCCUACUAGUUCCGAUACAGCCGCGGAGAAGAAGUCGCACAACUUUUUAAUCUGCGCAAAAUCAGUAGGGACUAUACAUUUUCGAGGAUGGGGCACAAAUCCGUGUCGUGAGGCAUCUCAAGAGUACGUUGUGACUGUAGAAGCUAAUGAGUCUACUGACGAUACGUGCGAAGCGAGUAAACUUGUGGAACUAAAUCUGACGCCUAAGUCUAGUCAGGGCAGUAGCAAUGCUGGCUCCAGCUUAAUGGAUGCUGAUGAGACAAUUGAGGGCUGUAAUGACCAACGAGCGAGUGUGCAAAUUGUGGAUGGCGUACGUACGUGUGUGUGCGUUUCGGACUGGACAAAUCCUCCAGAGUGCGAUAGGUGGCCAGUAUGGAAGUGGAUUGUAACAAUUGCUGGUGGUCUGGCUACACUGUUUUCCAUAGCUCUAUCGAUACGAGCGUUUGCACAGAAUAAAAAGAAAAAACAAGAAGAGCAAGAUAACUACCAAAUGCAUUUGGCCCCUAAAAAGUAUGACGUGGGGUUUAAAGAAAAUCUGGCUCCGAUGGGGACCAAAAGUGAUGUGGGACCCCAUGACAUGACACAUGGCAGUGAAUUUCAUAAUACAGCAACGACUCCAUCCAAAAGUAUGGGACGUACACCUGGUGGAACGCAGAGACUAGAUGAGCGACUGUUUUCACUUUAA